CGACCACCUUGAAAAAGUUUAUCGCCGACAACAAUCACCCUACCUGCCUUUCGUUGUGAUACCGAGCUCAAUUGGUAUUUCUUAAGCCACUACUCUUCUCACCAUAUCAUCCCCGGCAUAUUCUUACAACUGUUCCCGAUGGCUUCAACUGGGGUAAACGUUCUGCGGUGGUCAGCCCUUGGUGCCGGUGUAUUCUACGGAUUUUACCAUCAAAUGAGCCUAUCUUCUGCAGCAAAAGCAGCAGCAGCAAGCAGGGAAUUCGAGCACAAGCAAAAGUUAAUUGAGCAAGCCAGAGCAGAGUACGCAAAGAAGAACUUGCCUGCGAGCCAGAAAACCGGAGGUGGUGACAUUAUACGGGAUCCUAUGGACAAGAAUUUCGAUCUCGAGGCAUACUUGAAGGUUCUAGCAGCAGAGAACUAGGGACAGUCGUGGGAUGGGGGUUUUAAUUUCGGGUAAUGAUAGAGGGGCAUCGCUGAAUGAGACCAUCUGUGGUAGUUGUUAUGGGCUCCGGCGAUGUUUGGAGAGGGUUUCUAGGGUUUGAGCAAACACACAAAAGCCUUUAGACGUCACUUAGGUGAUACUUCUUGUACAUUGUACUAUAGACGACCAAUACAGCUGGGAGCUUCUGUUGUUGGAGACCCAAUUUUCACCUACGAGCACCA